UAUAGUCCUGUCGUACAGGUAUAGGCCAUACAGUAGUCCAGUAUUGCGUUCUCAACAUUGCGUCCCAUUUAAAGGUCUCAUUGAAAGUGAAAAUAGUGUGCAAUAAGUGAUUGAAUUGAAUGCCAUUUAAUAGCCAUUCGAUUACCCAUUCAGUGAUCAGUCAGUCGUGUAUUCCGUGAACUAAUUGUAUUGAACCGUCAGUUGUAUCACCUCUUGAAAGACAAUUCCUGAAGACAUGUCCCAACCAUUUGGCGACUCAGAGGACGAACUCGGGGGUUAUGUCGACGUCCCUCUCGAUGACCACAUCACACAACAGACACAGACAGCGGUGAGUGGUGUGGGAAGUGAUGCCAACCACGGGGUGUCCCACACUAUCAUCGAGCAGAUCCUCAACGAUCCGCAAAUGGAUGAACCAUUGGUCGACUCGGAUGACGAAGAAGAUCCGCAACCCGUCAAAGCACUGGGAUCUCAGUGCGCGACCACUGGUGGCUGCGGAGGGUUCACGUCCACGGAAACGGAUCCCUUCCCCGUCAGGAAUAGCCAACAAAUGGUGGAAAGACUUGUGAUUACAUUAUCGCCGAGCGGACGGUCGGGCAGUUGUCGGCGCAAGAACUUUAUGCCCCAAAAAACAGUGCCAAAGAGCGCAGAGAAAGAGGAGCCGAAGAAGAGGCAGCCGAGGGCUCGCAAGUCGACCACAGGUCGCCUCCAACUGGGGAUCAAAUCACGACAGCGUCUUCAGGUGGCCACGAAGUCUGCCAAAAGAUGUAGUCCUCCGGCGAAGGCACCCAAACCUCCGGCCAAUGGACCCAAUCUUGAGCGACACCACUAUAGACCGGGUGCGGCAGCCCUUCGCGACAUCCGGAUGUACCAGAAGAACACCGACCUCUUGAUUAAGAAACUCCCGUUUCAACGACUGGUCCGCCAGUUAUCGACUGAAUUCAUGGAUGGCUUCCGCUAUCAGUCGACAGCACUGCUGGCCCUCCAGGAGGCGGCGGAGGCCUACCUGACCCGUCUGUUCGAUGACACAAACCUGUGCGCACUUCACGCCAAAAGAGUGACGAUUAUGCCCAAAGACAUGCAGUUGGCUCGCCGUCUACGUGGAGAGCAAGCCAUUAGACCGGAACAGUAGUCUCGCGAUCAUCAGUAGUCAUAAACCACUUAAUUGUUAUAAAAAUACUCUAAACUUCUUAAUUAAUGCCUAUUUAUAGUCCAGUAUAACGUUUAUCACUUGUUCUC